AUGCAGAAAUUUUAUGACAGGAACUGGGAGAAGUGGGAGAAGUUUCGCGAGAAGAAGAUGGAAAUGAUGAAAGUACAUAAAUAUAAUGUGGAGCAGCGUCUUCGGCACGAGAAUCAGGAUCGAGUGUAUUAUAGACACCAUUUCAAUUACCAUCCGGUUAAAAGACCUAAACGAAAAACAUCUUUAGACCCUAACUGGUACACUGAGAACAUUUAUUCUAACCAAUCGAUUGAUAACUCUGAUGGGGAGGCAGCAUUAGCUAUAGUGAACAGCUACCAGCCAAGAAAACCGCAAGCCUAUAGGGAUAUAAACGGAAAUCUGAACGACGACUUGGACGAAAUUUUUACAGUAGGGGCACAGUUCGAUAGAGUCAGUAAUUAUCCAAAAUCGAAUAGUUGUUGCUUCGGCGCUAGCAGUAGUAUAAUGGCCAAUAAUGUUAGACAUAGGAUCCCCAAAUCGCACUCUUUCAGCACGUCCAGGAGCAUGGGAGCUGGGUAUAACAUGAGCAAGGCAUACAAUCGCAACAGCUUCGAAAUGGCUGAAUUUCCUGGCCAUGCGCUCUCCGAUUCUGGCCGGCUGAAUUACUACAACGGGGUAAAACCAGCAGGUAUGCGCAUUUGUGAUCGUGAAGGUUGCUUCAACGAAACGUGCUUUAGUAAAGAUACUAAGAAUAUUCAUAAUAACAAUAAUAAUCUAAUGAACGAAUGGAAUCAACGCAAUCGUAACAAUAUGAGAAGACGCAUGACAAGCACAAGAUCGCAGCAUGUAAUGGAGGAGGAUUUUGACUUGUUCGAAGACGAGGACGAAGCCGAGUUGAAUAUGUAUAACGAUGACAAUUCUAUUCUGUUUGAAGACUUCGAUGACCACGAUUAUUAUGGAGCAGGGCCUACAGCUGGAGAUUUUGACGAGUUUUACCGUCAUGAGCGCUCCAAGCAGGUACUACGUGGUAAAUUUGAUCGAAUAUGUAAAUAUACCGACGACUUCACCGAUGACUAUCACAAAUCAUUCGAGGAUAUUUUUAAUCGCAAUUGUUAUAUCGAUCAACAGUAUCAGGUGAAGGGCAAUAAUUUUUUCUCAAAACCUCACAUUGCUAAAAACAAAAGCAUGUUGGAAGUUAAACCACCGAACAAAUAUGACGAUACUUCAUCUGAUUCCACGGAUCUGGAGUUGGAUGAUUUCAAUUUUGAUUUUGAAAAGUAUUGGGAGGAGCUGGAAAAGCCAUCACCGACUUCACCAAGCGAAUUGACGGAAAAGUAUCCACCUGGUGCCCUGAAAAAGGUGAAAAACGUUAACAUUAAUCGAUAUAACAAUGGAACUGUGAUAGACAUCUACCAUGAUGACGAUCCGUACCAUUCAGAUCACUACCAUUACCGGGAAGGUCCUGAAAAGAACAACAACAACAUCGUUGAUACCUUUUCACCACCAUCCCUAACUAAAUUCCGACGGAAAGUCUACCCCGAGCGAAACAAUGUGGAAAAUGGACUCUCCAAACACCCAAGUAGCAAAAGAAACAACAUCAACAGCAAUAGCAAUGCCAUUAGUUUUCUCAACAACAUUUUCUCCAUUUACAAACCCAGCAAAUAUUCUCCACUGAACUGUCACGUUGAGCAGAACUAUUUGAAAAACAUUCCAGCCAAGAAAAUGAACAUCACCACGGCGACCAGGCCUCUCGGUGCCCCACGCAGUGAUUCGGAGAACUCAGCCAAACGUCCCCUCACAGUUCAUCCAUCCAAACAAUACCCUCAGCGCUCCUAUCAAGGCCAGCGUAGCCAGAAGGAUCCGCAAGCCAAGUUCCAGAUCAUACCGGAUAAAACCGGGCUGAAAAUAUCCCCGUUAUAUGCGUCCAGCAAUGAUUACCGGAAAGCGAGGUAUAAACUGAAAAGUACCUCCCGCCCGUUAUCCUUCUGGUGAUAGUUGCUCGACUGUUCGUAUUAUUCGGAUGGCCGACUGGAUGGAGUCCCCGUGGUCAAAAAGACACGCAGAACCAAGUAUCUGAAGUACUGAACAUUUCAUCAAUCAGAGUGUAUAAAAUCAAUUCAUCGAUAAUCUACAAUGUUGAAUUCAAAUCUGUUACAUCUUCUCAUUAAAAACACUGACACAAACACACUCAACAAAAA